UCCGGAGCUCAUACACAAGAGAAGGCGCAGCAGCAGUAACACAGCCGGAGCUGUCAUUCAUUCAUACGGAUUCUUCUAUGAACAAACCCGCGGCGCUGAACCCGAGACACACGUUUUGUUUCCUGCAUUUGCACCUGAAUAUGCUGCAGUGAGAGCGCGGAGCGGGAGGGACUGCUGGGUGUCACCGCCGCGGUUUAUUCACAUGUAAACGGAGAAAGUCUCAAAGGCUCUUCAGAGGCGGUUACGCACAUUUUGGGAAAGGAUACGAGGGGAAUUCACACCUGGAUUACUGACUGUUGAGGACAACAUGCCUCAGACACCACCGUUCACGGGGCAGCUGAACACCAGCAGCUACAACAAGAACCUGUACCAGACCAAGGAGGAAGGCUACCCCGGCCUCUAUUAUCAUGACAACAACCUGGCGUCUGGGUCCCUGGAGGCCCUCAUCCACCACUUGGUCCCAACUGUGGACUAUUAUCCAGAUAGGACGUACAUCUUCACAUUCCUGCUCAGCUCUCGUCUCUUCAUCCGCCCACACGAGCUCAUGUCGAAGGUGUGUCACCUGUGCAUGGAGCAGCAGCGACUCAGCGAUCCCCAAGCUGACAAGGUACAUACAAUUUUUGGUUCCUCUUCAUUAAGCGGGAUUUGUUCUUGUGCGGCAGACCCGACGGCAUUCAUACUUGUGUGGCGGUGGUGUGUCUGUGUCACUCUGCAGUUACACCUCCAAAACACAAGGUGGCGCCACGGCAGGGUUUCUGUGAAGUGCUGUAAAGUUUAGUUGAUCCAAAACACA